AUGGAUCGAUGUCGGGCGUUUGGCUCGCGCGUGAAGGAUGUCAAUGAAAAGCGCGGGAAAGUCAUCUCUCGCGUUGGGUGGACGCGCUUGGCGCUGGCGACGCGAUCGAGGCACGGACGGUCGUUGCCGAUCGAUCGUCGAGUCGUUCGCGCGGCUCCAGUGGUGAAAGCGAGCGAGUUGGAGACGACGAUGGAGCGUCGGGGGACGACGCGAGUGCGCGAGCUGUCGAACGCGCACGAGGGCGUCGAACGGUGGAUCGUCUUCAGUGAUUUACACGUCAGUAAGCGCACGAUGGAGACGUGUCGAGAAGUUUUGAGAAGGGUGAGCGAAGAAGCUCGAGCGAUGAAGGCUGGGGUGGUGUUUUUGGGGGAUUUUUGGCACGCGCGCGGGGCGAUUCCGGUGGAGCCGCUGAACGAGGCGCUGCAGCUAAUGUCGAGCGCGAAUUGGACGGCGCCGACGAUUAUGAUCCCAGGAAAUCACGACCAAGUCACUGCGGGUGGAAUGUCUCACGCGUUGACGCCCUUGGCGAAGGCGAACGCUAAUAUCGUCGUGUUCGAUGGACCGACUCUGUACGGCGGAGCGCUCUGGUUGCCGUACCGAAGAAACGCAGACGAACUGAAGCGGGCGAUUCAGGAGACCAAAGGAGAGUUUAACGCGAUAUUUUGUCACGCGGAUGUCAUCGGGGCAUCAAUGAACGAGACGUUUCAGGCGCGUGAUGGGCUUGAUCCCGCGUUGUUCGGAGGUGCGAACACGUACACGGGGCACUACCACAAGCCGCACGUCGUGCCGAACACGAACAUCACGUACGUCGGAUCACCGUACGAGGUCUCGCGUUCGGAGGCCGGUCAGAAGAAAGAACUUAUCGUCUUGGACGCACGCACUUGGGUUGAAGGCUCCAACACGCGAGUUGAGUUGAACAUCGGUCCCAAGCACUUUGCCGUGGAGGGACUCGACGCCGGCGUCCCAACGAGCGCUCGCGCGGGCGACAUCAUUCGAUGGACGCUCCCGAUCGAGAUCCUUGAUUCCGUGUCCGAUGCCACACCGUCCGCUAUUCGAAAGGCGCGAGAUGAUGGUUUCAUCGUGGAGGUGUGCUACACGGCCAAGGAGCUUGCCGCGCGUAUACCAAAGGCGGAGGAGCUCGGACCGACGGGUCUGUUCGAUGCGUAUGCGGUCGCGAGCAACAUGACGCCGAGUGUGAACGAUUUCGGCCGCGAAGUCCUGCGCGAGGUCGCGAGCGCCGAUGAUGCACCGGAAACGCGAAGAGCGGCCAAGGGUGUGAGCGUCUCAUUCGCCGCCGUGGAGCUGGAAGGCUUCGGGACGUUUCAAUCAACCACGCGGUACGCGCUCGGAUCGAGAGGCGUGUGCGUGGUCAUCGGCGAAAAUCGCACGGACACGUGCUCAGACUCGAACGGGGCGGGCAAGACGACGCUCGUCAUGUCGCCAAUGUGGGCACUCACAGGACAGAGUGAUUUAAGGAUAGACGGCGCGGGGUCGGGUAAAUCACUGACGAAAUCUGACGUCGUCAACGACUCGACCAAGUUCGGUCGGGUUCGUUUGGAGGGGCAUUUGAACAAUGGAGUUCCCUUCUGGGUCGAGCGCAAGGUGAAUAGAACGAAACUCGUCAGUCUGAAGUACGGUAUCAAUGGUGAGGAGAAGACGAUGGCGGAGUCUAAGCUGACGCAACAGGGCAUCAACGACGAUCUCGGCGCAGAUGUCAUUGCCAACACGACGUUUCACGGACAACAUACCGUCGGCGCGCUCUUGGAUGCGAACGACGCGACGUUGAAGGCGGCUUUGGGUAAACUUGUUGAAGCCGACACAUGGACAAAAGCGAAGGACAUCUCGAGGAAGCGGGUGAGCGAGAUCAAGGGGACGAUGAGCGCCAUCUCUGCCGAGGUCAAGGCCAGAGAGGAUUACAUCGCUCGCACGCGCAGUCGUCGCGACCAAGCGCUCCGAGAGAGCGAGAGUUGGGAACAGCAGCGUCGUCGUCGAGUCUCGGAGCUCGAGGCGAGCUCGUCGGCGGCGUCAAGAACGUUCACGCACUUCCUAUCAAUGACGAAUCACUUUUUACAGAGACUACAGCGCGUCGGUGAGGCACUCGAGGUGACUUCGUCGCAGGCGGAGGGCGUGAUCGACUUGUCGAGAAACAAUUCGGCAAACGCGGCGAAGAUGUUCGAGGUGAAAGAAUCGGAGUUAGAACACAAGAUGGGUGUCAUCGAGGGGGAGAUUGAACGACUGAACGCCGCCGUGCGCGAGUGGCAGGCGAAGGAAGCGAGCGCCGGAGCCGUCGGGCGACAGUGCCACACCGCGGUGGGCAUGUUCGUCGGCGCUGACGGCGGCGCGCACUCGCAUCCAAACGGCGUGGGCACUUGCGAUCGCUGCUUACAGCCCAUUGAUCCGACGCAUCACAAGCAAACCUUAAUCAAAUUGAAGGACGAAGCCCGCAAGGCGGCGUUGGAACACGGUCAGACGAUUAAGGAACUCGAGCGCGCAGUGGAGGCGCUCAAUAGAGCGAUGGAGGGGAGACGCAAACUCUACGACGACGCAGCUUUGGCGAGGAAAGCCGAACGGACACGCGUUGAAUCGAGCGCGACCGCCGCGUCAAAUGCCACGGAUCAACUGAGGCAAGCACAGCGAUCUCUGAGCAUCGUCGGCGCCGCGGUGUCACGUGCGGAGAUGCUCUUAAAUUCUGCUCCCGAAGACGCCGUGCGAGAGGCGUUGACGAUGUCUCUGGACGACGCGUUUACGGCGCCAGCGGCGCUGUCCACACCGAAGGAUUCGCCAUCGAAGAUUUUGGCCGGGAUGAAUCCGGAUUUGAUGGGCGUCACAUCGUCCACGCAGUCCAGCGCGACGAAGACGAUGAUCGUGGAUGCCGAGCGCAUGAAUGUUAACGACGUUGAAUUCGUGCGUCGAUUGGUGAAGAGCGCCGAAGACAUCAUCGUCGACGGCGAGCGCGCCGCUCGCGAGGCCUCGCGAAGACUCCAAGAGCUGAACGAGUUUGCGUCCACGGCACACACGAAUCCGCACGCGAGUGCGCUCGAAGAAUUGGACGCGCAGCUCGCGAGCGAGUCGGCGUCGCUCGAGACAAGAGUGGAGGCGCUGAACGAAACUAGCGAACUUCUCGCGGUCGCCCAAGCCGCCGACGCGGCGUUCGGGACGAAGGGGAUCCAGAGUUAUCUUUUCGAGGGUGCGCUUGGCGAUUUGAGCGCGCGCGUGCGUCAGUAUAUGGAUGCGCUCACGGGUGGCGCGUUGUCGCUCGAGCUUCGUCCAGCUGGUGCCGGCUUUGCGGCGGACGUCGACGAGACGAGCGAUGAGACCGACGACAGCGAUGCGGACGACGACAGUGAGAAGAAGAAGACGCGUAGACGAAAGAAAGCACCAGAACCGCCAAGCGCGAGCGCGGCGGAGCGUAUUGAGCGCGUCAUACACGCCCGUCGCCACGACGGCGUCAUGGUCCCUCGAUCACUUCGGCAGUUGUCCGGUGGCGAGCGACGACGAGCCGCACUCGCGCUCGCGCUCGCGUACGCCGAUCUCGCCUCCGAACGAUGCGGUGUUGCGUGCGACACCUUGGUUCUAGACGAAGUCGUGCAACACCUCGACGCCGAGGGCAUUUCUCGCGUCACCAGCCUCUUGCGAGCGCUCCCGAAGAAAACGGUUCUGUUGACGAGCCAAGCCGACAGCUCCACCGCGCACUUAUUCGACGUCGUGGACAAAGUGGUGAAGGGCGUCCAAGGUUCGUCCGUCGCGAUCGCCUCGGGAGCUGACGUCGAUUGGGAGGAGGAGUUGAACGCCUCCGAGCGCGCCUGA